AUGUUGUUUACACGGCUUCUUGGUGGUCUGCUGUUGCCGGCACUUGUUGCCGCCGGUUAUCCUCCUAAGCCUAAGAAUUUAAUAACCAUCGAGUCCAAAUCCCUUCCAGGAGCAACCAUUACCUACAAAGAAGUGCCUAAAGGAAUCUGUGGCGAUGCUAGGUCGUACUCGGGAUAUAUCAACUUCCCUCCGAACUCCAUGCGUGAGGCUCCACAGAACUAUCCGGUUCAUAUCUACUUCUGGUACUUUGAGUCUCAACUAAACCCAAAGACUGAUCCCUUGGCCAUAUACAUCAAUGGCGGCCCAGGGGCAGGUUCUAUGGUCGGAGUAUUCGUUGAGAGCGGUCCAUGCCACAUGACCGAAGACGCUCAGUCAACCGUACCCAACGAGCAUUCAUGGAACAAAGAAGCCAACCUGCUAUAUAUUGACCAACCGGUACAGACAGGGUUUAGCUAUGAUGUGCUUACCAACGCCACGUUUGACUUCAAGACCAACAUAUUAUCCCCUGAGGGACCAGAUCACGACCCAAAUAAAGAUGGUACUCUCCUUGCUGGAACGUUUGGUAGCGGAGACCCCAGUAAAACUGCAAAUACAACUCUCAAUGCUGCCAGACAAUUUUGGAACGUUGUCCAAGUAUGGUCCCAGGAUUUCGAUCCCUACACUUACAACCGCGGGAAUGACAGGAUUUCCCUCUGGAGCGAGUCGUAUGGAGGUCGUUAUGCCCCGGGGUUCAUGGCAUACUUCUUAUCACAGAACAAACGUGUUGAAGCUGGCCUGGUGACUGGCUCCGUUCUUCACCUCGAUACUGUCGGGAUAAUAAAUGGCUGCGUGGAUUUGAUGUCUCAGCAAAAGUCAAAUAUUGAUUUCCCACACAACAAAAAUACCUAUGGCAUUCAGGCAAUCGAUGACGCUGGAUACGAUAAGGCGAUGCAUGCCUACGGGAAGAGGGGCGGGUGUCUUGACCAAAUAUCGGAGUGCCAUUCACUCGCGAAACGCCUAGAUCCAAAUGCAUACGGCCACGUUGAUGAAGUCAACUACGUAUGUGAGCGUGCAAACAGCUACUGCAACACGGAGGUAGAUGGCAUAUAUGUUGACGGAGCUAAACGGGGUCUUUUCGACAUUGCUCAAUGUCACCUAGAUCCUUUCCCUUCCAAUAGCUUCCUCGGAUAUCUAGCGAAAACUGAGAUUCAGGAGGCAUUAGGUGUACCAGCAAAUCAUACAGACCCUUCAUACACGGUUGAGCAUGUCUUCAAUGUCACCGGUGACUAUGUACGCAGUGACCGAGGCGGACACCUGCUUGACAUUGCCAACCUGCUAGACGCUGGCGUGAAGGUUGCCAUGGUAUAUGGCGAUCGUGACUUCAUAUGCAACUGGGUUGGUGCCGAAAAUGUCAGUCUUUCCAUCGACUACAAGGAUGCCCAAAACUUUAGAAGCGCAGGCUAUGCAGAUGUCUUCACUGAUGAUUCGGGAGUUCCUAAAGCCCAAGUUCGCCAAUAUGGUCGAUUUUCGUUCACGCGUGUCUAUCAAGCAGGGCAUAUGAUGCUUGCCUACCAGCCACAAGUUGGAUAUGAGAUCUUCCGCCGUGCAAUGUCCAAUAUGGAUAUUGCUACUGGAACAGUCACCGACGAUAUAGAAUUUUACUCUACCCAGGGGGAGACCAACUCCACCCACGCUGAGCCCCCAUUGCCAACUGUUCCUCCAACAUGCAACUUUUGGGGUAUGGCAAUGUCAUGCGCUACGAACCAGAUCGAGGCCAUUCAAAAGGGAGAAGCAAGAAUCGUGAACAAUAUUAUUGUGAGCCCGACUCAAGCACCUGGCGAAUGCCCUACGCCUCGGCCAACACGCAAAAGCUGGUUUUAUAACAAUGAUCAACAGCGAAUGAUUAUCUAG